CCCGAAAUACACAUACAACAACUAAUUAAAAUAAUAUGAAUAUAUAUACCAACGCAAACCGGCAUCUGAAAUUCUAUCUCAAAAUUGAUAAUCCAAUCUGUGCUGUCGUUGCGUUUUGCAUCUCUUCCUUCUCUCUCUUCAGAGAAUUCUUAAAAUUUUGGGAGAUUGGAGUUUUCCUUUGAGGAGCAAAAACCCUAGAAGAUUUAAUUGUGAAAUCCACGGGCUUCGAGCUCCGAAGUUUUUUGGGUCUGGAUGAGCCGUGGGGAGGGAGAACCACCGGAAUUUGUGCCUGUAGCAAGAUAGUUUUUUUUUUUUUUUCGGAUAUCUUCUUAUCGGGAAAUGCCAAGCAUUGGUGUGAAAUUAUACAGCGUCUUCUUCAAAUUAAUGCUCAAGCAUCGCCUGCAGAGCCGAUUGCAGGCGCCGGAAAACGAUGCUGGCGGCGGCUCCUUCGGCGUUACCUCGCGGCCGGAUGAGGAGGCCGCCGCCGCCGCUAAUCCCUCCUUCACCGACGGCGUCGCCACCAAAGACAUCCACAUCGAUCCCGUGACAUCUCUUUCCGUCCGCGUUUUCCUUCCCGAUACUUGCCUCCAUUCCCCCGAGACACGAGCCAGAUCUGGAACCGGGUCAUCGAGCCCCGGAUCAGAUCCAAACCAGGCCAUAACCCGCCGGUACAGCUACGGAUCUUCUGAUGGCAUGGCCGUCUCCGGCAGCAAUGGUGUGGCCGUGAAGCGCGCUCAGAACGCCGACAGCAGACGAAAUAGCUACGGGUGUAGCAUUGAUGACAGUAUGAUAUCCGAUAACGGGAUUUACAGAGGGUACAAUCCGGUCGGCCAUAACCGCCGCCGGCUGCCGGUGAUGCUGCAGUUCCACGGUGGGGGUUUUGUUAGCGGCAGCAAUGACUCGGCGGCAAAUGAUUUCUUCUGCCGGCGGAUCGCAAGGCUGUGCGAUGUAAUUGUGCUGGCAGUGGGGUACAGGCUGGCGCCGGAGGAUAAGUACCCAGCGGCGUUUGAGGAUGGGUUCAAGGUGGUGCAUUGGCUCGCGAAACAGGCGAAUCUGGCUGAGUGUAGCAAGACAUUGGGGAGCUCGAGAGCGGGAGGAGGAAUGGAUUUGAGGAGGUCGGAGGGUAGCUGGCAGGUUUCAGAUGCGUUUGGGGCUUCCAUGGUGGAGCCAUGGUUGGCUGCUCAUGGAGAUCCAUCCAGAUGCGUACUCCUUGGUGUGAGCUGCGGUGCAAACAUAGCCGACCACGUGGCUCGGAAAGCAGUAGAGGCCAACCGUCUCAUUGACCCGGUCAAAGUAGUGGCUCAGGUCCUAAUGUACCCCUUCUUCAUCGGGAGCACUCCCACUCGUUCGGAAAUCAAGCUCGCGAAUUCCUACUUUUACGACAAGGCCAUGUGUGUUCUCGCGUGGAAGCUUUUCUUGCCGGAAAACGAGUUCAGCCUUGACCACCCGGCGGCCAACCCGCUGGUUCUGGGUCGGGUCGGCCCGCCCCUGAAAAAAAUGCCGCCAACUCUGACAGUAGUGGCGGAGCACGACUGGAUGAGGGACAGGGCUAUUGCUUACUCGGAGGAGCUUCGUAAAGUGAAUGUUGAUGCGCCUGUUCUCGAGUACAAGGAUGCUGUUCAUGAGUUUGCCACGCUGGACAUGCUGCUCAAGACGCCCCAAGCGCAGGCUUGUGCAGAGGAUGUUGCUAUCUGGGUCAAGAAGUAUAUAUCGCUAAGGGGUCAUGAGUUCUCUUACUGAUUUUGAUUUUUAUUUUUAUUUUUUUUUUGGUUUGGUUUGGUUUGGAUUAGUGUUGUAAUGUGUAUUUGCACGUUUGUUGUUUGAUAUUAGGUGAUUGAGUUGGAGGAGAUGUCAUUUGUUGAUUGAAUUGUGGUGUAAGCGGUUGCUUUUUUGUAGAUGGGGGAAUAAUUAAUUAUCGGAAGGUAAAAUAAAGCCUACGGUUUAUUUAAUUAUUUAUUAUUAACUCGAUGUGUUUCGUGUUUAAUCGUUUCAUAUAAAAUGAAUAGUUG